UCUAUAUUAUGCGAGUUUCUGACAUUUAGCACAUACAUGGUAUUCAGAAAACCGAACAUGAAGCUACCUGUACCGUCAGUUAUAGUGAGCAUACUUCUGAUUAGUGUAACCAGUGCUCAGAAUGAAUUGCUACAAAACGGUGAUUUUGAAAGUUCUUCUUUCCAUGGAAACUGGUUUUGCAAGGACUGCAGCAUUACUAGCUACACCGCCGAUGUUUAUCAGGGGACUCGCUCAGUCAAAGUAACACACAGAUCACACAGUAUUUCGAGUCCUCACCAAAAGGUUUCUAUUUCGCCAGAACAGAACUACAUCGUAAAAGCAUAUUUCAAACUUCUUAACAUUCACCCCGGAACAAUGUAUACUACUGUUUUUCUUCGAGUCAACUUACAAACAAACGGUAAAACGGUCUAUCAGAAAGUUGCCGAACAGCCUAUGCAGCAGUUGAAAUUUGGUUGGACAGAAAUAAGUGGCGAUUUUCAUGCUCCGAAUGGAACAACUUCGGCAACAGUUUUUCUUGAGAUUGUGGAUGUAGAUAUUGAUUUCCUCAUGGACUCGGCGAGCCUCCAAAUUUUACCACAUGACCCUCAUUGGUCCUCUAAAGCACACCACCGCAUACAAACUCUCCGGAAAGCACCAGUCACUGUCAAAUUGGCGCCUGGCCAAUCCGCGCAUGGGGUGUAUGUUGAGCUUAUGCAACAAAAAAGUUCGUUUCCGUUCGGAACAGCCGUGCAUGCAGACCACUUGGGACACCCUUCUUAUCAAGCAUACACUGAUUUUGUCCUCAAGAAUUUUGAAUGGGCCGUUAUUGCAAAUAAACUAAAAUGGAAAGGAGUGGAACAUAUAAGGGGACACACCAAUUACACGCUAGCUUUGAACGCUAUUCAACUUCUUGAAUCACAUGGAAUAAACAUGCGGGGACACAAUAUGUUCUGGGGUAAGGAUAAGUUUGUGCCCUCUUGGAUACCAGCGAUGUCUCCAUCAAACAUCGUCCACGAAAUGCAGGCACAUGUCCGAGAUAUCAUGUCUCAUACACAGGGCAAACUCCUCCACUGGGACGUGAACAACGAGAAUCUACACGGGGAUUUCUUUGAGCGUCACACGACGGACCCGGACAUUACCCACAAGAUGUUCCAGUGGAUUCACUCCAUUGAUCCCAGCAUUAAGCUCUUCCUCAAUGACUACUCAGUCCUUCCGGUGUCCACCAUGACCACGGCGAUAAAAAAUCAGGCACAGAAUUUCAUAAAAAGCCAGGUGCCGAUAGGGAACAUUGGUCUACAAAGCCAUUUCUACACCACAGAUAUUGACAUCGAUGUUUUAAAGUACAGGCUAGACAAGGUGGCGGAGGCGGGCUUGAAGAUCUGGGCCACAGAACUGACGGUGGACGCGGCAGAUGAACACAAGAAGGCGGCGGCUCUUGAAAACCUGCUUACCAUGUUCUUCAGUCACCCCGCGGUAGAAGGGGUCAUUCUAUGGCACUUCUGGGACGGAUCCAACUGGCAUCAAAACGAGGCUUUGUUUAACGGCCCGGGAAUUACGCCAAAUGCAGCUGGUCAAAAAUAUUUAGAUCUGGUCCAAGGAUCAUGGCGUUCUCACAUCAAGCAUAGGUUAGACCAAGACCACCCGGUAAAUGUAACAAUGUUCAAAGGAGAUUACGUCAUGCACGUCCGUCAAAAUGGACACGUCAUUCACCAGGAAAAUUUUACAGUAGACUCCUCAGGGAAAGACCUCACAGUGCAUCUAACAGGAGCCGACCAGUGCGCCAGUUUACCUACCCAUGUAGGGACAUAUUGUUGGCCGAGUAUGAAGCAUCAGUGCCCGAACCUGAACGACCCCCAGCGUUCUAAGGAGGGUAGACGUGCGAACAUGCGGCUGGUCAUCACAUUUUCUGUGUUUCUUGGAGUUUUAUUUCCCAGCAAAGCUGAAGUAGAAUUAUUGAAAAAUGCAGAUUUUGAAAGUUCCUCUUUUAGCGGCAACUGGCAUUGCAGCGACUGUAGAAUGACAGUGCAUACCGAGAAAAAAUAUCACGGGAGUCAGUGUGUGAUGAUUUCCAACAGACACCAUGAUUGGUCAGGAGUUAGACAGAGCGUUGUUCUGGAGGGUGGACAAUGGUACGCUGCUAAGGCUUACAUCCGACUGGCAAACGGAGCUUCCGCUACCGGAAUAAGUAUAGAGUUGAAGCAACAAAAACACAGCUUUGGGUUUGGUGCAGGAGUUGUAGCUUCAAUGAUGACAGACACACACCAGGUGGCUUAUCAAGACUUCGUUUACAAACACUUUGAGUGGGCUGUCAUUGUCAACGCCCUAAAAUGGCGGCUCAUGGAGUGGACAAAGGGUCAUAUCAACUUUGACAGACCUGUCAAUGCUAUUAAAGUUCUUCAUGCUCAUGGAAUCAAAAUUCGGGGACACAACAUGUUCUGGGGGGUAGAUGGACAUUCUCCAGCAUGGCUUCAGGGGAUGACUCCAGCCGAAUACAUCACAGAAAUGAAACUUCAUGUUCAGCAAGUCAUCAGCCAUACCAGAGGAACACUGGAGCAUUGGGAUGUGAAUAAUGAAAACCAACAUGGCGACUAUUUUGAGAGGCACACAGGUGACCCCGACAUAACCGCCAAAAUGUUCCAGUGGAUUCAUAGUCAAGAACCUGGAGUUAAACUCUUCAUUAAUGAAUACAACGUCAUUACCAACUCGCAGUGUACAACGGCAACUCGAAACCAAGCCUUACAACUACUCAAUAUGAGUAUUCCGGUCUCUUUUGUUGGAAUUCAAGGUCAUUUUCAUAGCAGCGAUAUAAACAUCGAUGUAGUUAAGUACAGGCUAGACAAGGUGGCUGAGGCCGGACUCAAGAUUUGGAUAACGGAGCUGACUGUGUCGGAAAAUGAUGCCAACAAAAAAGCUGUCGCUCUGGAAAAUCUAAUGACUCUUUUCUUCAGUCAUCCGGCAGUAGAGGGCAUCAUGCUCUGGGGUUUCUGGGAUGGCGCAAUUCAUAAUGCACCAGCCAAGCUAUUUGAAGGACCAAAUCUAACGCCAAAUGCAGCAGGACAGGUUUACCUUGAUCUUGUUGAAAAGUCGUGGAAAACGGAUUAUUCCCAAACAAUCAGUCCGCAUACACACCUGAGCACCACUGGUUUCCUUGGUGACUACGUACUCAAUGUUAAACGAGAUGACCAUGUUAUCCACCAGGAACCGUUCUCAGUGGACCAAUCAGGAAAACAUGUAACGGUUCAUCUGACAGGUGAUCAUGACGUUUCCCAUGUUGCGUUUGGUUGAGACUAGUUAUACAAACGCAAACCAUUGUACCUAGUGCAGUAGGUAACGGCAAUAUAGAAAUGGAAGGGAUUAUUGGUACUUUUCAAUUAUACAUUAAAGGCUUUUAUACCGAAAACUAAAGUUUUUUCUUGCUUAUCGCGAAACUCAUUUUGA